AUGGAACCAAGGGCCUCUUGACAGAAAGAAUACACCAAAAGAGACCUGAUGCUCUGCCGAAGAAACAGAGCUAUCGUAAGUAAUCCUACAUGAACCUUCUGAUCAGUUCUGAACCAGUAUGAUGCGAUAUUAAGAGAGCUAUUUUCAGAAGAAUGAAGCGACUUCCGAAUUGGAAGCUUCAGUCAAAUCUUCAUUAAAUCCAGCUUGAUGCUUGUAUAUCUCCUGAAAUGAAUCAGGAAAAUAUUGUAUAUACUAUAA